AUGGAAGUGGAUCCACCAAAUACCGCACUAUCUCCGACCACUGUGGUACGUCCAAGUCAUAUUCCGAUACUGAUAAAUAACGCUAUUGAAGAUAAGGAAAAAAUCACAGUCGCAGAUGGACAAGAAUAUCUUAAGAGACAAAGGGAAGAUGACUGGAUAGAAAAUCGUGUAGCAAGGAUUGAAGCUCAAAACGGGAAACUAGAUAAACUUCGAAGCGAUGUGAAGGUGGAGGAGGCGAAACUUGAAAAUCUUGAAAGAGAGUAUAAGUCGGAGGUAGCUCGAAUCAAAAAAAGACGGGAAUUUUUUACCGGCUGUAGAUCCAAACUCGGUGCACCUGGAUCUCGUUCGAACCCAGGUGGAGAAGAAGUCCUCGAAACCGGUCACUGCGCUGUCAUAUUUGGUACCCAUAUCCACGAGCUCAUGCACUCCCUUGGCAUCAUCCAUGAGCACUCCCGUCCGGAUCGUGACGACAAGCUCAAUAUCAGUCAAGCUGAAGUGGUCCGAAGAGGUCUUCAAGUCGAUAUGGGAAUCGAUCAAUGGAGUACCACCACCCUCUUAACCCCAUUUGAUCACGGCUCUGUUAUGGCUUAUGAUAUUAAUCACUAUGAACCACAAAUCAUGAGUGCCUGGGAUAAGGAUUCGGAUUACACUUUUGGAAAUCGCAGAGUCAGUUUCCACGAUAUGUAUAAGGUCAACAAGUUCUACGAGUGCUCCUGUCCAACCGAGUUGCCUUGUCAAAAUGGAGGAUAUACUAAUCCAGGGGACUGUUCUAAAUGCAACUGCCCACGUGGAUGGUUCGGAGCACUUUGCAACGAAGCACCAUGCGGAGGAUCGUGUGUCCUAAUAGCAAAACCAGAAUGGCAAACGAAAACUGUCAAUAGCAGUUACGUAUUCACCGGAGACAACUUGGAUGGGUUCACUUCCUAUUUCCAUCAUAUUCAAGCUCCAUAUGGCAUGACAAUUGAAAUUAAAAUUGAGAAACUGGACAAUUUCAUCUGCCGAAGUAGUUGUAAUCAUAAUGGAAUUGAAAUCAAGUACAGAAUGGAUCACAUGACCACUAAUCCACUAAUCUGCUGCCUCAACGAGCAACAACCGUUCGCCCAGAAAGUCAUCUCCUCGGUAAAGAACCCAACUGUCAUUGAGGUCUACUCCAAGGAUCGAACCGAACCAGCGGCUGCGACAUUCAGCUAUCGUUAUAUUGAUGAAUCUAUUCGAUUUGGUUAA